AUGUCUGGAAGCGAGCGUAGGGUUUUUGAAACCCUUUUGUAUGCCAUUCCUUUCCUUCUCGCUCAGAAUUUAGUAGCUGCCAUUGUGGUUCUGAGAACGAAGAAGAACUCAGUUUUCAGGUACAUGUGGAUUGUUUGGUCCAUCUUUGUUUUCUCUCGAUGGCUUCAAAUCCCGAUAUCGCACGGUGAGAGUGCCACAUACACCACUAAGGUGGGAAUCCAGCUUUUCAUGGUGAUCAUCCACGGCUUCAAUCUCAUCUUGGUCAACCCGCUGGACAAGCACGAGCUUCUUCAGACAAAGACCAUUGAUUCAAAAGAUCAUUUCCCGUGCAAGACGUACAAAGUUGCCCGUCUUUUUAUAUAUUUGCGGGGCGUGCGAACACCAUGGCAGGUGAAAAGGAUCCCAUCGCACCCGAAAUACCUCGCACAACAACCGAAAGCACAAAUCUCUCGCAAUACAUUUCUGAUAAGGCAGGCUGCUAUCCUGGCGUGGCUGUACUUAUUCUUAAAUUGCACAGGCUAUCUAGCCGCUAGAGACUCGUCACUACUGUCAAAGCCCGUCUACGGCCUAGACUACCUUCGCGUUUCCAAGGAGGAAUGGCGAAUUCGAAUUAUGACCUCGCUGAUAUUCUGGUUUGCCUUCUUGCGGGCUGCGGUGGAUAUUGACUAUCGCACCGCGUCUAUUUUAUGUGUUGGCACAGGACUGGACACUCCGGAGGAAUGGCCACCACUGUUUGGUCGUGCCAGAGAGGCCUACACUCUCCGCAAUUUCUGGGGGUGA